CCCUCGCUAAGCGGUUGUCAGUUGUAUCAGUUUCUGAUAGUUACUUGUAACCUGAACCUAUAUGUACGGACUUCGAUACAUCCAUUUUUAAACAAAGGUCGUACUUAAUUGCUUUCGACUGUUGCGCCGUAAAGGAUAAUUGUUACACCAUAAAGAUGCCGAAUUCUAUUAAUUCUGAGGAUGAACUAAACAACCCCAAAUCAGGAUACUCGUCAGAUUCUAGCAGUUCUAGUUCAAGUUCUGAUUCUUCAAAAUCGACAGCCUCUCGAAAAUCGAGUGUAAGUUCUGUGCGUUCCAAAGAAAAGAAAGUUUCUUCUGAAAGCGAAAAGGAAUUGAAAAGCUCAAGUGAAGACGAAACUUCGGAUUCCGAAGUUAAAAAUCCGAAAACUUCCGAAUCUGAGAAGUCUGACUUGGAACCAGAGAAUACUCCAAAUAAAAAAAGCCCUGUACCACGUGACACCGAUUCGUCGUCGUCAUCAUCCAGCAGCGAAGACGAAGACACAGAAAUAACAAAAACACCGGAACCGGAAACGACGAAAAAGGAGGAAAAGGAAUUAACUCCUAUACUGACGUUGCCCAAACUUUUGCCCCCUGUUGAAACAGAUGUUACAACUGAUGAAACUAAAUCGUUGAAAAAAGUUACGAUAACAGCUGGAGAUGAAAUAGAAGACAUCUCGGCUGAAGAGGAUAUGCCGGAAAUGUAG